AUGACCAGCAACACCAACAAGUCCGAUGUCUUCAAUUCCUCAACCGCGAGCGCGAACUCCUCCUCCGGUGUCCGUCCGCGUAAUCGACGCCUGAUCUCCCUCGCCGACGACGACGAUGAUGACAUCCUCGGAACAACGGCAAAUGAUCAUGUCCUAUCUUCGAAUUCUCUGCUAACGCCCUCCGCGCCUCGUUCUCGUGCCUGUACCCCAUCUCCCACCCCAAGCAGACAUCCCUCCCGUCCACCGACAGCCUCAUCGACUACGCAGCGACUAUCGAACGGCGCGAGGCUGGAAAAUGGAUCGACGGAUAUUCGGCAAACUAAACCAGCGAGUCCGUUUGUAACGGAUUUUUUGGAAUCGUCGUGGGUUUCUUUACAAGGACUGGCCUCAAGUGUGCUGGGAAACGAGGAUAUAUUCGGAAAAGCGGAUCGGUCUACAUCAGUGCCAGGUGGGCACCAGCGGCGACGACGGAAAUCUCCAGGUGCAAGCUUCGUACGGGAUUCUGGAAGUGGACAUUCAUCAUGGGGGCCGGCAAGCUUCCUGAGCAAGCAGUUGGGUUCCUCAGGUUCGAAUGCGAGAGAAGCCCGCCAGUCGACGGUGGAGACGCUGAAAAGACAAGCCCUCCUCGAGGCCAAUGGAGAUGUGACACCGGAUAGUCAGGGGAAUUACAAACGAAGAGAUUCUGGCGAUGCUCCGCGGGGAUAUUCAACUCCGCCGGCGGAACAGGACGAUUCGGAUGCUUUGGUGUAUGUGCAUCAUGUACAGCCAAAUGACAGUAUAACUGGUGUGUCAAUCAAGUAUGGCUGUCAGCCAGCAGUGAUGAGGAAAUCGAAUGGCUUCUGGCCCAGCGACAGUAUACAGGCGAGGAAGACAGUACUUAUUCCCGUUGAAGCUUGUACUUUAAAAGGCCGUCGAUUGCCCGCGAAGGAGGAUGAUGUUAACCUUUUUGAGGAUUUGAAUACUAGUACAGAGGACCCGUAUAGAGAUAUUACCUCACUAGCCACAGAUUCCGAGGCGUCCUCCGCCUUUGGAUACGAAGACUUAAGCUUACGAGACGAAUACCCCGGAUCAGCUACUUCGUCAAUUUCAAGCAAGACACAGAAACAAGAGCCGUUGUGGAAGCAUGAAUGUUGGGUGCAAAUUGAUGGAUUCCCGGAUGCUGUCGAAAUCGGCCGCGUGACGCGGAAAACUUUAGGAUUUUUCCCUCGAGCAAGGCGAAAAUCGCUAGCCCCGCUAUCAACGCCCUAUUCCGACCUCGAUGAUAUCCCGCCCCCCCUUUACCAAAAGCAAACGCAAAAUACCAGGACUGCAAACGCCUCCUCUUCCUCUAUCAAUUCGUCCCCAUUCGAUUCUCACCUCUCACCAUCAUCCCACACCUUCGACCCUUCUAAACCAAGCUUAAGAUCCCUCUCCAACCCAAACAUCCAUCGAUAUCGCAGCAGCUUCACCCUCUUAGGCCACGGUGGCGUAGGAACCCUGGGUCCCAACGUAAAAGUCCCCGGUCCCGCCGAAGAUAAGCUCAACCAAUUCGUAAAAACACAUCUACCUCAACUCGCGCUCUCUCCGCCGCAGUCAUCUCUUCAAAUCCCGCCAUCAUCAAACAGCUACGGCCGGCGUACAUCUGUAGAAUCUACGUCCACCGUCGUCUCGAAUACGUCGUCUACGGGUCUUGAGAACGUUGGCGGCGCCAUUGAAGGCUGGAUGCGCAAGAUGGCCCGCAAUGCCAAGGCUGGUGUUACGGAGUUUCAGCAGCAGGACGGUCGUUUGGGCAUCGGCGGUAUGGGCGACCUGAUCGAGUUGGCCGAUACGCCGGAUGGGAAAGGAACCUCUAGUCAUGUUGAACCUGGUGUCGAUACAUCUUCGUCAACUAGGGACGGGACAGGAAGUGACCUUAAUUUUAGUCCUCUUUUAUCGUCUAGGUCCGGGUCUGAAUCUGAAUCUACUAUCGGGCUCUUCACAUCCAGAGAUGGUAGUAACAGCAGUGUAAGAGGUAGGAGGAAGAAAGGCGACUGAUGCGCAAACCGGGCGCGGAGUGUGUUUUGAUUUCAUAUGACGGCGGUGUGUGGGGGUUGUGUAAAGUUUACCUGUUUUCUUAUUCAUCCCUGCUUGUUCUCCUCAUGGUCAUACAUUUCGUUUUUCAAUCUUAUUUUGCAAGGUUAGGCAAACUGAUCGCCCUAGGUUCUAAGAAAAAUAUUCCCCAUGUAUUUUUCCCCUUCCAAGUCCCUGCUAUUCCUCUUCCAAGAAUCUUUUAGCGGUCCCUUGUCUUUUGAAUGCAUGAUACAGAAUGUCCCACCUUUUUAUCCGCCAUCCUCCUCAAUUUAUUUUGUUUGGUUAUGGUUCAACAUAUUUGUAAUCUUCCCCUUCGCUUCCCUUUCCGUGUUCAUGGUCAUUCAUUUUCCUUUCUGUUAUUCUGCUGCGAACACCAUUUUGUCCUAUCAACUCUAUUUGUUUUUGUUCACCAUUCAUCAUGUCCGCCCUCGUUUCCUUUCCCACUUUUUCCCAGUUUAUAUCUUACUUUUUGUUCAUACCCUUAUCUACAGUGUUUGAAACCAUUGUCACUGUGUAUGGCUCAUAUGUACAGGACAUGUAUACGAUCUAUGUCCGUACGUGCUUAAUAAAGGUAGUAUCAUCGUUUGCUAAACGAUGAUGUAUUACAGGCAAUUGCAUUUAUCUUUUUUUCG